UUUACUGUUUCGUGUCCAACUAAAAAGUACCGAGGUUGGCAGGCAGUUACCGAGAAGUCAAAGAGCCCUCCUGAUAAUGUUUAUCUUGCAGGAUUUUAAAAGUUUUUUUCUACUUUUUAAACAUCUCUACGGCAUACUAAAUGUUUUACACAAACAGGAUUAAACGCAAUUCUUACUUCGGAUAGUGUUGGGACGCUUUGUGGAAGGGAAAGGUUUUUUCUUUCAGCAGAGGAAAAACGGGCGUACAGUGAGCUGCCAUAAAAAGCAGAAUAAGGGUUUAGCAACGAGUUGGUGAGCCAGAAAGAUUUGGGAGAACCACGGCCGAGCCGCCACCAUCGCCACGGGGAGUUGGGGCCCGAGAGGGAGCCUGUCAGGCCCUCGGCUUGAUGCACCCAGCCUGCCUUACCAAAACAACCACAGUCCGAGAUGGGGGAAACCAAAAUUAUCUACCACCUCGACGACCAGGAGACGCCGUAUCUUGUGAAGCUGCCUGUUCCGGCGGACAAAGUCACUCUCGCAGACUUCAAAAAUGUUCUCAAGAAACCAAAUUACAAAUUCUUCUUCAAAUCUAUGGACGAUGAUUUUGGGGUGGUAAAGGAAGAAAUAUCUGAUGACAACGCUAGGCUGCCCUGUUUUAAUGGACGUGUGGUGUCAUGGUUGGUCUCUGGAGAUGGAGCUCAUUCAGUUGCAGGUUCAGUAGUGGAUAGUCUAGAGCCCACACCACCUUUGGAGAGGACCGGGGGCAUCGGAGACUCCAGACCACCGUCCUACCAUGGGAAAGCAGCGAGCGGGCGGGACAGUUUGGACAAUGACACAGAAACCGGCUCAGUGGUGUCGCAGCGGAGAGAGAGGUCGAGACGGAAACCCUCAAACGAUCAUGGUGGGAGACAGAACGGGUUUCCAUCACGAGCACUGGGCCGCGGAGGGGCUGAGUACGACAGCUGCUCGUCCUUCAUGAGCAGCGAGCUGGAGUCCACUUCCUGCUUUGAUUCAGAAGAUGAUGAUGCAACCAGCAGGUUUAGUAGCUCUACUGAGCAGAGCUCCUCUAGACUAAUGAGACGACACCGCCGUCGCCGACGGAAACCAAAAGCUUCCAAUAUGGACAGGUCAUCCUCCUUCAGCAGCAUCACAGAUUCUACUAUGUCUCUAAACAUCAUCACUGUCACUCUUAAUAUGGAGAAGUACAACUUCUUGGGCAUCAGUAUUGUGGGUCAGAGUAAUGAGAGGGGAGAUGGGGGGAUCUACAUCGGCUCCAUCAUGAAGGGAGGGGCUGUGGCUGCAGAUGGGCGCAUAGAGCCUGGGGACAUGCUCUUACAGGUGAACGACAUAAACUUUGAGAAUAUGAGUAACGACGACGCAGUCCGAGUACUGAGGGACAUCGUGCACAAGCCAGGCCCCAUCACCUUGACUGUUGCAAAGUGCUGGGACCCAAACCCUCGGAGCUGCUUUGCUCUGCCCAGGAGUGAGCCCAUCCGGCCCAUCGACCCGGCUGCAUGGGUGUCCCACACCGCCGCUAUGACCGGGGUUUACCCUGCUUACGGGAUGAGCCCUUCCAUGAGCACCGUCACCUCCACCAGCUCCUCCAUCAGCAGCUCUAUCCCCGAGACUGAACGGUUCGAUGACUUCCACCUCUCCAUCCACAGCGACAUGGCAACGGUUGCUAAGGCCAUGGCCUGUCCUGAGUCGGGCCUGGAGGUGCGGGACAGGAUGUGGCUGAAGAUAACCAUCGCUAAUGCCUUUAUUGGUUCUGAUGUGGUGGACUGGCUCUUCCACCAUGUGGAAGGGUUCUCAGAUCGCCGGGAAGCACGAAAAUACGCCAGCAACCUGCUGAAAGUCGGCUACAUUCGACACACAGUCAACAAGAUCACCUUUUCUGAACAGUGCUACUAUGUGUUUGGAGACCUCUGUGGCAAUAUGACCCACCUGUCCCUACAUGACCAUGACGGCUCAAGUGGGGGUGCCUCAGACCAGGACACUGUCCCCCCGCUGCCCCAUCCUGGAGCAGCUCCUUGGCCAAUGGCACUGCCGUAUCAGUUUCCUAUUCCACAUCCCUAUGACCUGCCACAGCCGUUUGGUGGUCCGGGCGCUGGCAGCACAGGAAGCCAGCACAGUGGAAGCAGUGGUUCUAACUGCAGCAAGAACGAUGGCAGGAAAUCUGGUGGCAGCGGCAGCGAGUCGGAGAUCAGGAGCCACCAAGCUCCAAGUGAGCGCUCGGUGGCGCCCCCCAGUGAGAGAAGCAUCCGUAGCUCUGUGAGCCAUCGCAGUGCCAACUCCCACUCAAUAGCCUAUGGGCCUGGCCUCGUCUACGGCCCCCCUGGCCUGCCUCCCCAGCCUGCACAUCUGUCUACUGCUGCUCCUGGUGCCCCACAAGGCAGAGAGCUGCCCUCCGUGCCUCCUGAGCUCACUGCAUCACGCCAGUCUCUGCGUAUGGCUGUGGGCAAUGCUGGAGAGUUCUUUGUUGAUGUGAUGUGACCCGGGGGGGGUUGACCGGUUAGGAGAGAGGCAAGAAUGCAAAAGCUACAACUCAAGGCCUUGAUUACACUCUUUACAACCAUAAAUGACACCAUCCCAGUUCUGCAUGAAAAGAAAAACAAAGUUCCUCCUUACUUGUGCUUUUCCUCCUAGUAGUGAUGCUCAUACUUUCUUCAGUGAAGAAACGCUCAACAUGGAACCAAAGUGUCUUUCUCUGUGUGUGUGUGUCAUGGGCGGGGUUAUCCAAGGACAAAGAGAGGGAGGGGCAAGGUGCUGGUGGAAACGAGGAAGAGGAUUUCUCUUUUUCAUUAGCUCUCUUCGCUCUUCCUUCCCCUCCUCUGAUGUCCUUUUUUAUCCACCUCCACCCCUGACCGUGUCAAAACAGCAAAAAAAACCUUCUGUUCUUUUAUUCCCACUCAUUAAUCUAAACCGAGACAACAAAUGCUGAGGGAACACUAACUGUUCAACUUUAUUCAGAUGUUUCUAAUAUUUACCUUGCAAAAGAGAAGUAAAGAAAGUGCAGUUCCUUUAACUGUAAUUUGUUCUAUUAAGUACAUAGUAAACAUUUGUUUGAUUUUACAAAGUUCUACUAAAGCAUUCAGAGUCAUUGUUACACUAUACUGUUAUUCCCAUCUGCUAACCAGAGACUCUUCAGUUGUCUGAUAAAACAUUUCUUACCGUGUCUUUCACUCCACUUUUAUCAAGGAAAAUGUCUUUUUAUUUAUAAAUAUAGUUUUAUGACAAAUCU